GAGCGUGGUGCAGUAGCAGUUUGUGGUGUCAUUGCCGCGGCAGGGUCACUUUGAUGAUCGUGUAUGAUGUCUGCAGCGGUGAGAGGAGCGCUUUCUGCCGUGUCCAAGGGGUUCAUUGCUCCAUGGGGACUGAUCAGCUCCAGAGCUCUCGGGACCACACCCUGCCUCCAGCACCCUACAGGCAGCCAGGGUGACCCUGUGCGGGCGGAUGUGCAGUUCAAGGUAACGAUGGUCCCUGGGGAUGGAGUGGGACCUGAGCUCAUGACUGCCGUCAAGGAGGUCUUCAAGGCAGGCGAUGUCCCCGUGGUUUUUGAGGAGUUUCACCUCAGUGAGGUUCAGAACACGGCAUCAGAGGAGAAGCUGGAGCAGGUCCUCAACUCCAUGAGAAGCAACCGGGUAGCCAUCAAAGGAAAGAUCCACACCCCCAUGGAGUACAAGGGAGAGCUGGCAUCAUAUGAGAUGAAACUGAGACGGAAGCUGGACCUGUUUGCCAAUGUGGUUCGUGUGAACAGUCUUCCCGGGUAUAAAACUCGGCACAACAACCUGGACCUGGUGAUCAUUCGGGAGCAGACUGAGGGAGAGUACAGCUCUUUGGAGCACGAGAGUGUGACGGGCGUGGUCGAGUGUCUCAAGAUCAUCACUCGAGUGAAGUCCCGGCGCAUCGCCAAGUUCGCCUUCGACUACGCCACAAAGAAUGGGCGGUCAAAGGUCACCGCCGUGCACAAGGCCAACAUCAUGAAGCUAGCAGAUGGUCUGUUCCUGCAGAGCUGCCAGGAGGUGGGUGAACUGUACCCAAAAAUCAAGUUUGAGACCAUCAUCAUCGACAACUGCUGCAUGCAGCUGGUGCAGGACCCGUACCAGUUUGACGUGCUGGUGAUGCCCAACCUGUAUGGGAACAUCAUUGACAACCUGGCGGCUGGUCUGGUGGGGGGCGCUGGGGUGGUGCCUGGAGAGAGCUACAGCGCGGAGUACGCUGUCUUCGAGACGGGCGCUCGGCACCCCUUCGCUCAGGCAGUGGGCCGGAACAUCGCCAACCCCACUGCCAUGCUGCUCAGCUCCGCAAACAUGCUGCACCACCUCAACCUGGACUAUCACUCCAACCUGAUCUCUGAGGCAGUGAAGAGAGUGAUCAAACUGGGCAAGGUCCGGACCGGAGAUCUGGGGGGCUAUGCUUCCUGUGAUGAGUUCACACGUGCCGUCAUCGGCAACCUGGGCUGCUGAACGUGACCUCCUGCACCUUACUACUGCAGCCCACUCUCUACCAGAUUCUAUAUUCAUUUACAAUCUCAGUAUAAUCUGAAAAUAAGAACAAGAAACAUUUGUUGAGAUCACUAGACAAAUUAUCUCAGGAACUGUUAUACUUGUCUUGUGAUCGCAACAUAACGUUUUUUUUUAUGUCAUUCCCCUCCCCAUGUCCUAGUUUUUUGUUAAGUGUUGCAUGGAGCUCCUUGGCUUGUAUUUUCGUAGCAGCAGCAUUGGGGCAGCCUUAAGCUGUCCCACUGUUCACUAUCAGCAGGGAGCACUAAUAGCCCUCAGGUUUGAGGGACUUCAAGAAAGUGGCAGUACAUUUCAACUGGAAAGAACCUGCACUGAGAGAGGGGUUCUUAUUCCUUCAGACAGCACUCCUUUUAAUCAUCUUGCUGCUGCACAGGGGGAGCAAUGCAACUCCGGUUGAAUUGCAGUUUGAGCCAUAACAGGUUUUACUAUGAGUCUUAAACAGAGGAGUUCCCAAAUUUAAGCAGUGUCUGAUUUAGAAACUGAAGCCCGGAAUGGCUCGAUCUGCUGUGGAAUCGGUCGUUUCCCCACAGAAGCUUUAAGGCCAGUUAAACUGGAGCCUGACUUCUGCUUGAAACAAAAAAAAAUGUGUUGCUGCUUCUGAUAAGCCAUCAAUGUAAGUGCUGAUAAUGGAUCAGUGUAUUUAUCUGUCAAAUGUCUUAUUUUGUCAACCAAAUAAAGUCUUGAAGUGUCUUAUUGAA